AUGGAGCGCACAUCAUCCACCACUGAUGACAAUGAAAGCACCGUUCAUUCCACCGUUUCAUCCGCACCCACCACCCCAUCCACAUCAGUAGGUGUACUGGACUUUAAUCAGUACGCUGCGGAGUCCCCUAAGCUUUCGCCCGCCACCACAGCGAGAUUACCCAUCUUCCAUUUCCAUAGCUAUGGCACCAGCGGCGAUCUUGGAGCCCAACCUUCCCCUCCACCUACUCCAGUGCAAAAAGGAGAGUUCCCAGAAGGCAUAUUCUACAUCAAAAGUGCAUUGAAUGGUAAGGUGCUGGAUGUCCGAGGCGGGUCAAGAAAGCCUGAUACUCGUAUCAUCUUGUGGCCGCAAAAAUUUGGGAACGAUCGUGACAAUCAAUUGUGGUUUGCCGUGGAUAGCUUCAUCGUGAACGUUGGGUCCCGCCUUUGUCUGGACAUUCGUGGUUCUCUUGUGCCAGAUGACUUGCGACAACUCGCGGAAACCCGCAUUAUCCAAUAUACUCGUAAAUCUCGAGUCGAAGCUCAUAACCAGCGCUUUGGCCUCUCCCCUGAUGGUUACAUCUAUUGCUUAGCUCAUCCAAAUCUCGUGUUCGAUGUGCGGGGCGAAAGCGACCGUGACGGUGCCACCCUGAUUAUUUAUCCGCGGAAGCACUCUGAUAAUGGCGGGGCAGUUAAACACCAGCGCUGGUUAUGUGAACCAGUCAGCUCGUCUCCACCACAACACGCCCCUGUACGCCAACCCACCAACAGCCUGCGAAGGGCAUUGACAGGGUCGUCUUUGAAAGAUUUGUUGUCUUGA